UCUGUUUCUAUCUGUCUAUCUAUCUCUAUCUAUCUAUCUAUCUAUCUAUCUAUCUAUCUGUCUGUCUGUCUCUAUCUGUCUAUCUUUCUCUCCCUCUCUCCCUCUCUCUCCUUCUCUAUCUAUCUCAAAAGGAUGAAAUCAGAUAAAAGUAAUCAGAAUUGUAAUUGCCCUGUUCGGUCUAGACAUUGCACCCAAAGCCAUUUUGUCUGGAUUAAGUUGGGAGAUCAAAGACACUAGCUCGUUGUCUGUUAGGUCAGACACACACACACCACUGGACACACACACACACACACACUCACAGCAACACUUCACGGGAUGGGGCGGGGGAGGGGUGAUAGAGGUGUGAAAGGUAAAGGUAUAAAGGUGGAUGGGGUGAGGUUCACACACACUCCGAGGCAGGACGUGGGCGGUUGCGGGUUUGGAGAGAUCUCAGCGCGCUGCGCGGAAACUGACCAGAGCUAUGGCUGUGUUUUUGGAUCAGACUUGUGAUUAUGUUCAGAAAAUGAACGAAGACGGAGAAAUGGACUUUAUCUUUAACAAAUGCGAAGCCCGCUUUGCAGAUGUUGGAAACGAUCACGCGCUGUCUUCUCCGGAGGCAGACCGGACCGCGCAACCGGAAGCCCAGAGGAAACGGAAGAGGACGAUUUUCAGCCGCGCGCAGCUGUCGGAGCUGGAGCGCGCGUUUGUGAUCACUCCUUAUCCCGACAUCACACUGCGGGAGAGACUCGCUGCUGUCACCCUGCUGCCCGAGAGCAAAAUCCAGGUGUGGUUUCAGAACAGACGUGCUCGGAGCAUCAAGAGCGGCAGACUGACCAGACCCAUGAAGAAAAAUCCAGUCACGUCUAGUUAUAACUCAGAAAUUGUUUUCCCUCAUCCUGAUCCCACUCUCACAGUUUCUCCUGCUGCAGGCCAGAGGAACAGACCUGACGUUUACCAACCGUCGAACACAAACGACCAGCAGCAGAUGUCUGACCUGGACUGGGUGAGGCAAGCAUUGUGCCCCUGGUCUCAGAAUCUGCCCCAGCCUACACCUCCGGUCCCGUCCAUAUCUCCUGACCUCCCUGGAGCUCUCCCCUGGGCAAGCCGGCCCUCAAAACCACCUGGAAGUCACUCUGUCUCAACAGAUCAGAUAGCCAGGCCAAUCCAUUCCUUACCCCAGCACCAGUGGAGUGAGUGUGCGGAGAUUGGCACGCAUACAGCCUUGUCUGGAGGCUUCUCAGCAAAACCUCAGUGUAGCAUUAAUCAGAUCGGGUAUCCGUCUGUUCCCAUGGACCAGGUCGUUCCUUCACACGCUGCACAAAGCUGCUGGCAGGGAAGCAUGCACAGACAGGGACAGACUCUUAUGCACUACCCUCAGACUUCCCUAGGAGACAUCUCUGACCUGAUCUACAGUGCUGCUGUAGUCACCAACCUGGCCGACUUCUGACUACAACUGCCGGAUUUUUUUAUGAACUGAAAACAAUUCAUUUAACCCUUUCAACUCAACCCUCCAGAGUUUACAUAGUUUUUAUUAUGAUAUGCAACAUGGACCAUGCCCUGUUUAAGCUCUGUGUUUAGCUUUUAUAAUAUCAAUACCAACAUUAUUCAAUCUUUAUACUUGAGUUGAAUAUACAGUAUUUGGAAACAGUAUUUAUUAUUCACUAAUACUGAAAAUAGCCAGGGAUGUAAGUGUCUGCUUCUGUGACAACAUUCACACAGACUCAUCCUAGAUCGAAUAUGUUCCAGUAUUAUCUAAUCUUUUUAUGUUUUUAUUAAAUAUUUGUGAUUUAAUAUUUAUGGUCAAA